AUGGACAAGGAGACCGAGGAACAGCGUCAGAUGCGGCGAAUCGCCUUCGUUGCGGUUGUCGUCUCAACGACGGCGAUCAUCGCCUCGGUGGUGACGCUGCCGAUGCUCUACAGUUACGUGCAAUCUUUCCAAUCGCAUUUGAUGGUUGAAACCGAUUAUUGCAAGGCUCGAUCCCGGGAUAUGUGGCUAGAGAUGACGGCUCUCCAAGCCGGCAAAGGAAUGCAACACAGACAGAAAAGAGGAUGGUUAUUUGGACAAUGGAUUCCCGAAGGAGGAAAUGGUGGUGGAGGAGCUGGAGGAUAUGGACAAGGAGCGAGCCAGGGAGGAGGUGGCUACGGUGGCUACGGAGCUCCAGUUGUGAAUGCUGAGCCGUCAGCAAUCUGUUGCACUUGUAACCAAGGACCACCCGGUCCACCAGGACCCGAGGGACCUUCAGGAGAAGAUGGAAAUGACGGUCAAAGCGGAAAGGACGGUUUGAAUGGCCGGGACGCCGAGCUGCUUCCAGCACCCGCAUCCGAGCCUUGCAUCAUUUGUCCUCAAGGUCCACCCGGUCCUAUGGGCAAUAUGGGACCCAAGGGACCACCUGGACCGAAAGGAGCUCCUGGAGAACCGCCACAAGACGGGAAAAACGGAGAAGACGGAAUGGCCGGUCAGCCAGGGCCAAUGGGACGGCCGGGAAGAGAUGGAAUGCGAGGAGCGCCCGGACAGCCUGGCCGCCUCAUCCCUGUGCCCGGCCCACAAGGACCACCCGGACCAUCCGGACCUCGUGGACCACCAGGACCCAAGGGAAAUCCUGGACCUGAUGGCCAGAGCUACGAUGGACCACCCGGCCCACCCGGAGACCCUGGACAGCCUGGAAAAGAGGGACGAUCUGGACCCAACGGCCCACCUGGACCCCCAGGAGACGAUGGUCCAAAGGGAUCUUGCGAACAUUGCCCAACGCCUCGAACACCACCUGGAUAU